AUGGUUGUUUACACGAAAUUGAACAAUGUCCUAACCGGAGAAAACAUUAGCAUUCCUAUAAAUAGUCUAUGGUAUGAAUACAACUCUUACUUCAACAGAACGAAUAAAACAGCUCAUUAUUUUUUGUACAAAUACAACGUACGAUAUGAAGACAAAAUGCCAAUUUAUGAACCGGACGCUUGUGUUGCAUUUCCGCUUUUAAACUCAAACGAUGAGGAAGAAAAACAAUAUAAGUUUAUACAUGUCGGUGAAAGAGAAACAUUCAGUAACGGAUCAGUUCGUGUGAGAUGUGAUAGCUUCAACGGGUCUAUAAGGAGAAUCAGUGAGCCAGUCAAAGGAUGCUACAGCAACGGAACAGUACACGAAUUUGGAACAAACUGGAAUGAACCAAACUAUGGAGAUGAUACAAUAAGUUAUCGAGAUUAUCAAUGUCAAAAAUCAAAAUCUGGAUACAUGGAGAACAAGGUUGUAGGAUGUUCCUACACGUAUGAAUGUUUGGACAGUUUUGACAAUUUCCACUCAUGUGGGAUAUAUUUGCAUUUAAAUGAACCCGCCCAAAUUGCGAACAACAAAACAGUGAAAUGUAUUGAAAAGGAAGACGGAAAUGUAACAGUUAUUGAAGUUAAUGAAUAUAAAGAACACGGAUGCACAUUAGAUGGACAGUUUCACAGUUUGUAUAAACAAUUCAUAAAUGAAAAACGUGCAGCAGUUUUCUCCUGUCGCUGGCGUAAGGAACUUGACAAACAGUAUUGUACUUUCAACGGAAAAUUAUACGUGAUUGGGGCGAUACUAAAAUUAUCUAAUGGAUGCUUGUUCAUUUGUCAUAAGCAAACUAACAUAUUUCAUUGCGAUCACCAGUUGUCAGGAUUUGAAGUCAUUGGGAAGCCGAGAAGAGUAAAGAGAUCGUAA